AUGUCCAGUGGCGGCAGUGGUGGUGGAAACAGUCAGCAGCACAGGUUGGACACGAUGACCAUGUUGCGUCGGAGAAACCGCGGUAACCGCGGUCGAUUGGUCCGUUGGGAACGCGUAUCCGAGUGGACCGGAACCGCACACGUCACCGCCUGGGACGUGAUCGUCCGAGAUUCAUUGCUGCACAUCGCUUGGCCUAUGUCGUUGGGAUCCGAGCCGGUCGGACCUCCGCUGGACCAGCUGUACGUUACCGGGUAA